AUCCGCCAUAACGUUGUUAGUGCGUGAAAGUGAGAUCGUUUUGUGAAAUUGUUAAAUAAAAAAGUGAUUUAAUUGUGAUAUUUUUGUUGUAAAAGUGUUUAAUGUGUUAACGAAGAUGACUGAGUGGUAUAGAAUGAAGACGGGCUUCAUUAACAAGCACGAUUCAUCGGAAUUGUCGACAGAAACUUCGUGUGAAAUGUCAGACUCAUUCAAUAUAUUUUCGGAUAAUUUAAGUCCGAUACCGUCGUCAAUAGUGCCUAGGAAGUUGGAUUUUAGUAGCAUGGAUGACGAUGACGGCAUGAGGGAUGCUGUUCCACCUCCAGUUUCACAUAGUCCUCCGUAUAAAAGAGUUAGGGCUCUCAGGUUAUUCGACAGUCCGCAUACGCCUAAGACAUUGCUAGAGAAAUGUUCAACGCCAUCGCACCAUCCGCCGCGCUCCAGACUAUUCCCACCCAAAUUAAACGCACAGUCGGGCAUGCCGUCUGGUUCCAGUCACCACCUGCAUCCACCAUCAGGGGAUGAUGACAGCGCACUUGGCAGUCUACCACCUGACGAGCUGGACGAAUCCAGGAUGACCAGAAGGGCUGUAGCCAACAUCAAUCCAUUUACACCUGAUGGCCAAGCUCUAAAUAAGAAGAAGCGAGCGUUGUCAAAAACACCGACUUGGGGCGAUGCUACACCAGAACAACCAGCCAAGAGGCUUAGGGAAUCGAACAUAUCUCGGUACAACGUGGAGUUCGUGGAGCUGGGCGUGAUAGGUCGCGGACAGUUCGGUCGCGUGACGCGCUGCGUGAACAAGCUGGACGGCUGCGUGUACGCGCUGAAGCGGUCGCUGCGCCCCGUCGCCGGAUCCGCAGCCGAGCGCGCCGCCCUCACUGAGGUCUACGCACACGCCGCGCUCGGGAAACACCCUCACGUCGUCAGAUAUUACUCAGCUUGGGCAGAAGACGACCAUAUGAUAAUUCAGAACGAGUACUGUGACGGCGGCUCGCUGCAGCAGAAGAUGGAGAAUGGACCCUUGUCUGAAGCUGAACUGCUUCUGCUCCUCGCGCAUAUCGCUGAUGGAUUAGCCUACAUUCACUCCCUCCAACUGGUCCACAUGGACGUGAAGCCAGGCAACAUCUUCAUAUGCAGCGGGGAGGGGGAGCCCUCCCAUGACUCCGACGAUGGUUACGAUGAUGACGAGCCCCAGUCACAUCAUAAGUACAAAAUUGGUGACCUAGGACAUGUGACCUGCGUGUCUUCUCCGUCGGUGGAGGAGGGUGACUGUCGCUACCUCCCCAAGGAGGUGCUACAAGAGGACCUAACGCAGCUCACCAAGGCGGAUAUAUUUGCUUUCGGUCUGACGUUGUUCGAGGCGGGUGGCGGUGGCCCCUUACCGAAGAACGGACAGCAAUGGCACGACUACCGGGACGGCAAGCUGCCCGAGUUACCCAAACUGUCCAGAGAGUUCAACCAGCUGUUAAGAAAAAUGGUAGACCCGGACCCGUCGCUGCGUCCGUCGGCGGCGCGGCUCCGGCGCCACCCCCUGCUGCACCCCGCCGGGAACAAGAGCAAGACGCAGCUGCGCAGGGAACUCGCCGCCGCUAAGAUGAAGAACGAACUCCUCGCCAGGAAACUACAGGAAGCUGCCAGAUGUAUAAAGUCGUUAACGCCGAAUAUAGUUCAGAAUCAAGAAUCGGCGAAAUUUCGCACUCGGUCAGCGAAAAGACUGCAGAAACCCCGCGUCGACACACACAUAGCGGAGAUGAUACAAUCCGUUACGUCACCGAUUAGAAUAGACAGGACAUACAGAAGAACGAAAAAGGUAUAACAUUAUAUUUAAAUAUAUAUAAAAAAAAAAAAUUUUUAAUCUAGCAAUACCGUCAUUAUAUGGUAUUCUACGACUGCGGUUGAAUUUUCAUAUGUUUCUUGACAAUAAUUUAUGAGAUUUUGUUAUUUAAGUAAUGUUUGUACAGCUAGCGUUUUUCGAGGAUGCUCGAUUUUUUAUAAGAGCCUCGGUUUACCUCGAAAAUUGUCGAGUAAACUCGAAUUAGUAUAUUUCGGUGAUAAUCGACGGUUGAUGGUUGAUUAACGGCCUCGGUUUAUCUCGAAACUGAUCGGG